ACUUUGCACCUUCCACGCACACACACUCACACAGACACACAAGCGCGCGCACACACACACACACACACACACACACACACACACACACACACACACACACACACACACACACACACUGACACACCUUCUAGAAAGGCCUCCACCACUGACAUCUCUGAUGGGUGGGAGGGGGACUGAUUGCAUAAGACUCUUAAACUUCUGACCUGAAACUGUGACACUUUCUGACACUUCUAACAUUUCACCAUUUGCUUUUCUGAAGUUCGUCCUCAGUGCAGGUCAACAGGUAAGCUUCUGACUUUUUCACUCAACAUUUACUUUCUUCUUUUUUUACAUUAUUAUUAUCAUUAUUAUUAUUAUUAUUAUUAUUAUUAUUAUUAUUAUUAUUAUUAUUAUCAUUAUUAUUAUUAUUAUUAUUGUUGUUGUUGUUGUUGUUGUUAUCAUUAUUAUUAUUAUUAUUAUUAUUAUUAUUAUUAUUGUUGUUGUUGUUGUUGUUGUUGUUGUUGUUGUUGCUAUUAUUAUUAUUUUUAAUAUUAUAAAUGUUGUUGUUGUUGUUGCUAUUAUUAUCAAGAGGUAGUCAUACUGUUGUUUUAGGAGUAAUAUGAGCACCAUAAACGGAGUAUUACUAGAGGAACUGUAGCACUAAUUAUUAAGAUACAAUUAAGCUGUAUAAUUCAUUAGUAUAAUGUUUUUUAUAGGUAGCUGUGUAAUUAUUAUACACACUGCUAUCCAAUAUUUAAAAUGUCUAUCAUCAUGUGUUUUGACUAUCUUUAUAAAUUCAUCAAAAAUAUUUACAAGUGAGUGAUUUAUAAAGCUACAAUAAAACAAUUUAUUCUUGAACAGUUUUUCGUCAGAGGAAAGAAACAGGAGAUGUGUUCGCCCUAGCCUGAGUUCAGCUGAAAGAUAUGAUUUCUGACUUGUGAACAGAACUUUGACUUUGUUUCUGUCAUCAACAAAAGAUGUUUAGGUUAGAAAAACAAUGUUUAUAUUUUCAUGUCUGAAGGCACAGUCUGAUGUAAAGAUGCCGGUGCAUCUUACCACAAGAGAAAGCCACAAUCCCAAGAAUUCCCUUAUCUGCUGACCGCAGGAGAUAAUGAUACAGAUGGUCCCUCUGAGUUAACUUAACUACUCACAGCGCUGAUGAUUGGCAAAUAUAAACCCAUAUCAUUCAUUGAAUCAUUGUCAUUUGAUAAACUAUCAACUGAAUAUUCCUUUCAUUUACAUGUUUACUGUGGGUUAACAUGGACCUAAUCAUUUAUAAUCAAAGGCAGUAUGCAUCCUGGUUGGGUUUUACAGAAGGUUGGAUCGGUGCUGUAGUACUCAGCCACAGCUGAUGACACCCGUCAGUACGACUCUUGAGCAUCUGCAGGGGGGAGAUAAGCAGCAGCAACCUGCUGCACCCAGAGGCACCCACUACUCCCUGAGGCUGCACUGAGCUAAUCCACACACAUAAAGCAUGUUUAUCUGUGAACAGACAUGCAAUUUCUGUUUCAUGAAGCUUCAACUUCCAACCAUCACUGAGAUAUCUACAUUUCACAUUAUGGUCACGUGGCUUGAUGAGAGGGAGUUACCUCUUAUAAAAACCUUCUUAUAAAACCAUGAUACUUGAUGAGUUACCUUUUUUCAUUUCCUGAUAUUAAUAAAGUUUUUCUUCUGAAGGAUGAGCUAUAAAACACUUGUUGAGGCAGAUUUGAAUAAUGUGUAAUUUUAAUAAAUAUCCUUUUUUACUAUUUAAACUCAGACUCAGAACAUCUACACAACAAUGGCAGCCUUCCUCCAUCACUGCCCUUUUCUCAAGUCAGUCCCUAAGCCAGCUUUGAGAAGAACAGGAGCCGCCUUGCUGUCUAUGGCCGAUCAAUGUCCAAUCAUCACCCGCCAGAUCAGUGUAAGCGGCCCAGGUUCUCUGGAGGCCAAGGUGGGCAUCUCACCCACCAAAACAAAGAACCACCAGCUUCCCAUAGAGGACCAGAGGCGUCUGUUUGCUCAGACAGCUGCGCAGGUGGCUGUGUCAGUUUCAAAGGAUUGUCCUUUUGUCAGCUCUCAGCUGGGGAUGGUCAAAGCUAGCCCUGAAGUACAGGAGGACGUCAGAGAUGGUGAGGAGUUCAUAACGCUGUAGAAACACUUUAGUUAUAGAAAGACAGAAGAAGAACUUGCUGAAUUUAAAAUAAAAAGUCCUUGAUUUGAAUUCUCACAGUCCUGCACUCCUCUUCAACAGGUUCAACAGGUUUGAUGAGCUCUCUGCUGAGGGGUUUAAAGGAACCAAUCAUCCCGAUGUCAUCCCAAACCAACACUGUCACCCAUCUCUUAAAAGACAGCAUGAGUAAGUCUUACAUCUGAAUCCACCUCAAAACAAAUAUGCCCUUUUUUCAUUGAGUCUUGUGAUGCAUGUGUUUUAACUGAAUGUCUGUCUUACAGCUGGCCCAAGCUAUGACUAUGACAGCUUCUUCAUGGAGAAGAUUGCAGAGAAGAAGGAGGACCACACAUACAGAGUCUUCAAGACCGUAAACAGAAGUGCGGAAGUCUUCCCUUUCGCUGAUGAUUACUCUGUUUUUGGGCGAGAAAGCUCUCAGGUGUCUGUCUGGUGUAGUAAUGACUACCUUGGGAUGAGUCGGCACCCUCGGGUCCUUGAAGCGAUCAGGUAAAAUGAAAGAAGGAGAGCGUUUGUUGGAAGAACCUGUAAAAUGUCUAAUAAUGAAUUUCUGCAUUUUUAAGUGGUGUUAACUUUUAAGUGUAGGCUUAAUGUGUAGGCCUGAUCAUUUAUUUUAAAAGAGGUUGUAUUGAAGAAACUCUGACAGUCCUUUUUAUUUUAUUUUAUUUCUUCUCAAACAUAAACUACCCUUUCAAUGAAUGGUUUGCAUGAGACAAAUGGUUUCUCAUUUUGUUCUGGAUGAUCUCAGAGAUGCUCUGGACAGACACGGAGCAGGAGCGGGGGGUACCAGGAACAUAUCAGGCACCAGUAACUUUCACGUGUGCCUGGAGAAGGAGCUGGCUCAGCUGCACCAGAAGGAUGCAGCUCUGGUCUUCUCCUCCUGCUUUGUUGCAAAUGACUCCACUCUCUUCACUUUGGCCAAAAUGCUUCCAGGUAAAUAUUGACAUCUGAACUUCUUAACCACAGGACCUCUGAUAGAUUGGGGAAAUUAUGUUUAUUUCAAAAGGGCACAGCAAGCAGCAGCAAUAACACAUUUAUUAAUAUCAGGCCUUUAUUUCAGACAAGAUACAUUUCAUCUUCAUUAUUUUGUGAAAAAUGUGAUCUGGGGUGACUGUGUUCGUGGGAAGUCAUCCUCACUGGUUUCAAUGUGUGUUUAAUGUGGCGUGCAGGUUGCGAGAUUUACUCUGAUGCAGGGAACCAUGCAUCAAUGAUUCAGGGCAUCAGGAACAGCGGAGCCAAGCGCUUCAUCUUUCGCCACAACGACAGCCGGCACCUGGAGGAGCUGCUGCAACGCUCUGACCCAAAGACGCCCAAAAUAGUUGCCUUUGAGACUGUGCAUUCAAUGGACGGCAAGUACCAUAAAACUUUAAAUUUUAACAAUAAAUGUUCUUAAUGUGUAGAAUAAUCUUUGUUUAGAAAACGUUUUUGAUUUGAUUUUAAAUCCCACUAAAACCAAGAUUAAUAAGCAAACCAAACUGGCAUGUGUAAAGAUAGGAAAACAUCCACAGAAAAAAAUGAAGAAAAAUGUGUUUUCUUUUUGGACUUGAUGAAUGGAAUCCACCACUAUCUUUUGCGAAGCUGGUAUUUAACAGCUUAUAAAGAGAGAGCCGGGUUGAAACUAUUUAUAGCUCUAUGAUCUGCACUUACUCAGUCUCUUUUAUAUGUCAUCCAUCACUGUCCUGCAUGGGAGGAAAUAGUUCUCCUCCCUCAGCUCUAUUUCUUUGUGGGAUAUUACACUGUUGACAGCUCCAUAAAGCACAAACUGAAGUAGACUGAAUGGAUGAGUGUGACUGUUUCUUGAAGGAGGAGGUGGGAGGACUUUAUAAAACACCAACAGAAUGUUGUUUUAGUAUAAAUGUUUUAUAAUCAGUCAGAGAAGACGAUUUUAGUAUUUGCAAACAGUGUCCAUAACUCACUGCAUAUAUUUGCAUCAUAAAGUGUAUAUGCAGAUCACAGUGCAGACGUGCAGCACAGCUUUCCUUCUGUUCACUCAAAAUGCACAGUUGUAAUUAAACUGUCUUUUUCUGUCGGGCUUCUAGGAGGCAUCUGUCCCCUGGAGGAGCUGUGUGAUGUAGCUCACCGUUAUGGAGCUCUGACGUUUGUUGAUGAAGUUCACGCUGUGGGUCUCUAUGGAGCACAUGGAGCUGGAGUGGGAGAGAGGGACAAUGUUAUGCACAAGAUUGACAUUGUCUCUGGGACAUUAGGUGGGUAGUGUAAGGUGGAAACACUCUUCUUUUGAAAAAUGUUCAACUCAGUGAUUCAACUUUUUUUUUAUUUCUUCUUAUUUAUAAAAAGUAUGAUGAAAUAUUCUAACUACUAAAGAUACAGAAACCACUCUAAAGCUGAUUACUUGCACAUAAUUCUCUUAUCAAGUCCUCUGUUUACUCCAACAUGAAGGGGCAUGUCAAACGGUCACAGAUUAAUUGCCUUUUUCCAAGAAGAGCUCACAUCAACAGGGACGUUAACGGACAUUUUCAUCCUGCAAAAACACCAGCAAUACAUCUGAUCAAGCUAGAUACAUCUUCGAUACCUCUCUGCUUGAAAACAAAUAUCACCCGUUUACAGGGAUGUGAACUGACAGUCAGAUUGCCAAUAGCUCUCGCUUGUAGGUUAAAUAAGGACAAGGGAGUAGUGAGCUUUAAUUACAGGAAACUGAACUUUUAUCAGCUAGGUAGCAGCUCUACCCCUGUCAAUGUUCGCCCUGAUAAAACUAUAACCAGAGCGUCUAUGAUGCGUGUAGUUGUGUGACUGCUAGGAAGCUAGGAAUCCCUCUCAGGCACAUCAAAAGUGAGUAACAAGAACAAACAGACAAAAAAUAACUCAAAUGAGAAAACAAUGAGAAAUGAGAAAAUUAAUAAAUCAACAUUUCCAAAUAUCCUCCAAGUCUUUGAGUGUAUGGUUUUAGGCUCCUUUUUAAAGACUUAUUCAAUACCAGCCUUGAAUAGUGCAAUUUAACGUUGAAUUUUUCAGACACUUGAAUGCCAUAGCAUGUUAUGGAUCACUAAUAAGGAGUGUUGAGUGAAAGAAAAGUGAUUAGUAUGUAAAAUGAAGUAUCCUGUGAAACUUUACCAGUUACCAAAGUAAAACAUUUUUUUGUUGUAGCUAUUGAAUAGAUGAUAUAACUGCAUUAUUAUAACAUAGUAAAAUGUGUAAUAUAAAUCAGCAUUACAAAGAAGUUAUAAACAUUACGCUGUCUGCCUGUUUAAUUUAUUAAAAAAAAAAACAUUUCAUAUAAACACAUAUGUUUUUAAUGUUCAAUAUUUAUCCUUUGGAUUACCAUGUGACAGAAAAAUCGAGCUGUGUAGAGCUCUUAAAUGUUCAUGUAAGUGUUAAGAAAUGGAAAAAGUAGAGUAAGUUGAGUUACUGAAGUUAACUGUGUUACAUUCUGCUUUGACUCAGUGCACAACCCAUCCCUGAUGAUUUUUUCUCCCCUCACCUCACAUGCCCUCUGUAAUCUUUUGCUGUUCCAGGAAAGGCCUUCGGCUGUGUUGGAGGUUACAUUGCCAGCAGCGCCGCCCUUGUGGACAUAGUGCGCUCUUUUGCAGCCGGCUUCAUCUUCACCACUGCCCUGCCCCCAAUGGUUUUAGCGGGUGCCCUGGAGUCUGUGCGGGUCCUGAAGAGUCAAGAGGGUCAGGGUCUUCGCAGAGCCCACCAGAGGAAUGUUAAACACAUGAGGCAACUGCUUAUGGAUAAAGGUCUGCCUGUGGUCAACUGUCCCAGCCACAUCAUACCCAUACAGGUAUGAUGCUCUGUCAGUGCUGCUGUCAGAUGAUUAACAUACUUGUGUUUUCAAUGCAUGCAAGUCUUUGGUUGGCCUUCAUACUGUCUGUUUAAAGUCUUUUUAAAUAGGACCUUGAGUGCAUCAUAUUUACCUUCUAUAUUGUUGAUACAACUCUCGCAGCUAUUACAACAUAGUUUAGUAUGCUCACAUAAAGAAAUGAUAAAGUAUGAUAGUAUGGUGAGAUACAGUAUGAUAAUACAUAAAAAAACACUUACGACCUUGACGUUUUUCCAUGUUAAUGUCACAAAAACUUGGAAACCUUAGGUCUUCUUUUAAUAAAUCAACAUCCAAAGCAGAGGAAGUGAAAUCAGGAGUGCCCCAUAGUUGUUUUGCUUUUGCUGUUUAACUCUGAUCCAUUUACAGUUUCUGAAGACGCAAAAUCACAGAGUAAUCUAACUCACAGUAAAAUGGUGCAAAACUGAGUCAUGGAUAUUUUGCACUCUGAAGUUAGAUGUUGUAAUCUUGAACUUCUUUCAGUGCAUAACAUUAUUAUAACUCAUCCAAAAAUAAUCACACUGACACACUAAUGGGUCCAAAAAAACAAGAGAUACUCAAUGAUUGCCUUGAUUCAUUUUUAGGUGGGCAAUGCCGAGCUGAACACAAAGGUGUGUGACACCCUUCUGGAGAGACACAACAUCUAUGUCCAGGCCAUCAACUACCCCACAGUGCCUCGUGGAGAGGAGCUGCUGCGUUUGGCUCCAUCUCCUCAUCACAACCCUGCCAUGAUGGAGUACUUUGUUGGUGCGUGCAGUUAUUUUGAUAUAAAAGAGUUUAGAAUUCUUUUGGUACUGUCUAAUCAAUUUAAAUUGGAACGAUGGUGGGUACAAGUGAUUUAUGCUUGUCAGUAGAUAUGUAAUCAUAGAGAAGUCCCUUGGCAUCCACUCGUCACAAUACACUGCAAUGCUGUAAAAAUCACUGCACUCUCCUGAGACAUUUGAAAUGUUGUCCCUCUGCAGCUAAACUAAGAAGUACAUGAUACAGAAAUAAAUACAGCUGUUCAUUUUUAUAACUGAGUAUGUUUGAUUCACAGAGAAACUGGUGGAGGUGUGGCAGGAAGCAGGGCUCUUGCUCAACAGCCCAGCAACAGCCUCCUGCAACUUCUGCGACCGCCCACUGCACUUUGACCUCAUGAGUGAGUGGGAAAAAUCCUACUUUGGGAACAUGGAACCACAAUAUAUAACUGUGUCUGCAUAAGGACCAUCUUUACAGAAGUUUACUACUGAUUUAAUCAUAUUUCUACACCCUGUCAAUUCAUAAAGCCUGUCCUUAGGUGGGCUAAGAAGAGUGUUAAGUUUUAAUUAAGUUUGAGCAUUAUCAAAUGCCAGUAUUAGGGACUAAAUUCAGUGUUUAACUCUGUUUUCCUGUAUUUAUGCUUACUAGUUAGUGGUUGUUGUCUCUGGUAUGCUGAUAAAAAGUUGUGCCUAAAUCAUUUCAAGAGCAUAAAAACCUGCACAUUGGGCACUUUCUCAUAUCUCCUAUCAUGGUGUGGUUGUUUCAAUAAACAAUUGAAAUUCAUUUUGUGUGAUGUCCUUUGUGUUACAUGAUUAUUAUGACCAGGUAUGUCCACAGCCCAGCUUGGGAGCCAAUCACAGCCCCAGAAUUCAUCUUCCAAUGUUGUAUUUCUGGCCCCAUUUUGUUUUUCUUUGAUUCUGAAUUCUAUGUGUAGAUUUGCAUCAUCGCUAAAACUAUUGAUCCCCCUUUUUGACCAUCAGUCAACUUUCUAACAUUUAAUACAUGAAAGGUAUCUUCAAAUAUUUGUGGAAUAAACUCAUGUGCAGUGUUUAUGAGCAAAACAUAGAUUUGUUGUUACUUCCUGUAUAGUAGUGAUUUUAGAGGUACCAGCUGUAUUGCUGCACAACAGCAAGAAUACAGAUCAUACAUAAGAUACUUAUAUUAAGAUAAAGCUCUGGGAAUUCUGCAGGACUAAUGUUGAGCAAAAACACAACAACUCUAAACAUUGAGGUUUUCAAAUAAAUGUAUUGAUCAUUAUGUGAAAAUUAGCUUGACAAAAGCUGAGAGUUAAAAACACAAAAUAGGACAUUAGACGUAAUCAGAAUUAUGAAAUAUUGUAGGAAAGGCAAAGACAAUGCUGCGUAAAUGUAAAGAAUGCAACAAAUAUUUGGUUCAACAAAUGUUAUGAACUGAUAAAAAUUGUCUUAAAACCAACAUAAAAGAGAACUGUGACAAAAUGAAAA